GUCACUUGCCGGAUGUUGUGGUCGAAGCGCCAGGAACAGCUGAGCGACAGAAAACAAAAGGGUGAGCAGAGCAGGCAGCGCGGGUGCGAGACGGACGGACAAACGGACUGACUGGGCGGGCGAAGCGGAGACCAGAACGCGGUCCGCUAGAGACCGCACGACCUCCAGCGGGGCGAGAGCGCAGCGCGAGAGUUCAACGAGAAAAAUCCUGCGGGAGGAAAACGCAACGCCACUCCGCGACAGACUUCACACCAGACCGAGCCAAGCCGCUCUUCACUGCCUUCAGGCCUUCCACGUGCUUCUUUGCUGGACAAUGGGACGCAUUUUCCUGGACCAUAUUGGUGGCACUCGUCUGUUUUCCUGUGCCAACUGUGAUACCAUUCUGACCAAUCGCUCGGAGCUCAUCUCGACUCGCUUUACGGGGGCUACUGGGAGAGCGUUCCUCUUCAAUAAGGUGGUAAACCUUCAGUACAGCGAAGUCCAGGACCGAGUCAUGCUGACGGGGAGACACAUGGUGAGGGACGUCAGCUGCAAGAACUGCAACAGCAAGCUGGGUUGGAUCUACGAGUUCGCCACGGAGGACAGCCAGCGCUACAAGGAGGGCCGCGUCAUCCUGGAGAGAGCGCUGGUGAGGGAGAGCGAGGGCUUCGAGGAGCACGUGCCCUCGGACAACUCCUGAGCGGGGCUGACGAGCGGGGCCAGUAGGACACACUCCCAUACACCCCUCUAGGCAUGCGCACUCUCUCUCUCUCACUCACACUCACGCACACACAAUCUACACACCGUCAGACCCUCUGCAGCAGCGGCCCCCCAGAUUACAGCAAGUCUUCUCUCUUCAUCCUGCGUGCCGUCGCCUUUUGUGUAGCAGUUGUCUUCUAUCGCGGAGAGAGAAAUCUGGAAAACGAGAGCUGAUGUUCAAGGACGAAUGCCGCCUCUGUGCCCGUUACCCUCCUGUUCUUGGGCAGAUGGACGGACGGAUGCGCGCCUCCCUCCACUGAAGAGCACAAAUCUGAACCGACCGACUGUUGAGGACGCCGAGCGGGUGGGCAGUGCCAACUGAGGGUGAGCGGAGGCGGUGCAGAGCACCAGGCGCGCCUCCUCGCUUUAGAUUUGUGCUUUUGUGAAGCGUCGGGGGUCCCGGACGUCCUGCCCACGCGCGUUCGCGGAGGUUUCGAAGCGGUGCCGAGGAUCUGUGACCAGCUUUGACGAUGCCGGGUGGGUCCUGCAAACCCUUCAUCAUCCUCAUCCUCCUCCUCUCUUUGAUGAUGGAUUCUAAUCUACGGAAUGCUUGCAGCAGCUCGAUGGGAAGCACAUGGCGGGCGCUGCUGAGCGGCUUAGCGCACUUCGUCGCGAGUUUCAGCCAUUUUUGUCUUUUGGUUUUUAUUUCGUGUACUUUGUAGCUUCUGUAGUUUGCUGAUGACGUUUACCAGGCUGAUGAUGGGACACUGGGCGGAAUGCGGGAUAUUCGAGUACUUUUGCGUUAGUUAAGUCAUCAAGUGAUGGUAGGAUUGAAUGUUUUUGUUUCUUCUGUAGUUGUUAAUUGAACAAUAAAGUGAGACGUGUUGUCCACCCUGACAAA